AUGAUUGGUCUUGCGGGUCUUCUAGCCACCGUGCUUCUUGCACCAGUUGUCUCUGCUGCGCCUGCGGUUAGUGCUCUCACGGGGACCUGCAACGCAGUGGCAGUGGCUCCUUGUGUCACGAAGCUCCGCGCGUACACUUCUGGAAGUGCUUUCUGUACCUCCUGGUUGAGCAUCUCGACGCAGACUUCGACAGCUUCGACGACUUCCGUGACGACGAAUACUGCAACGGAAACUGUAACUUCGACCACUGCCACGACUACUGUCCCUGCAGCGGAAACAGUAACAGUGCUCGGCCAUGGCGUCAGUGUUAUUGGGCACGCUGUAUCAGAAACCGUCAUUGCCCAUGCCACAACCGAGUGGGCACCCACUCCAACAGUAAUCGCUCACGUCUCGUUCACCACCAUAACAACCACACUGACCUCAACCGUCUGUGGCAACGCUAAGCGAGCCGCCGCGACCAUUCCAUACGUGCUGCAAAGCUUCAAGUCUUCCAUCAUCUCCUCAGCGUGCAGCUGCAUGCCGCUAACAACGCCUGUAACGACUGUGACGACGACCGCGUCUUCCACUGCCCUGACCACUUCUACCGAAACCCAGAAUGUACUGGCAACUGAAACGACUACUGAUACCGUAACGUCGACGUGGUUUACGACCUCGAUUCCCACGCUUACAACUAUUGUAACGCCGACAACGACGCUCACGCCUGCUGCUGUAACCUCAACCCCGGUGUCUACCGCCACCCAGACGGAAACAAAGACUGUUCACGUCGGCCAAGCCGCUGUGCAAUUGACUCGUCCCACUGCCAUCGUAACGGCCGCUUCGGGGAGUUACGACGAUAACACAGGCCUUAGGAUCAACAACAUUCCAUUCGAUGUCGGCCUCUACGGCGUAACCAGUCGCACACUGAUAAUCGGCAUCAACGGCUGGGUAUCCCCCGGCACCACCGACUCUGGAACCUACGUGAACCAGCCAUUGCCGAACCGUGCCGCAGGCGACCCCUCGUGGGUUGCCUACUGGGCCGAUCUCUUCGUCACGCAAGGCACGACGCAAGGCAUUUACUACCAGAUUGACGGUGACGAGGGUCACCGCACCCUUUCGAUCGAGUACUUCAUGUCCUUCUUUGGCGCUUCGUCUGCUUAUACCCAUUUCAUGAUCACCCUCUUCGAAGAUGAAGUCGGGCGUGUGGUCUUCAGCUACUUCCAAACGACGAGCCAGAAGGCCUCGACUAAUACGGCUUACGGCACGAUCGGCGUGCAGAGACCGGCGACGGGCCAGUACAAUCAGUACUCGUACAAUGUGCAGCCUCAGGAGGGGUUGACGAUUGAAUGGAGGCCUUCGACUAACCAGUGGAACCAGGUCAGUUCGGGGUCGUGUUAG